AUGAGGCGGUGUUGUAAAGAGAUCGUCAAGGAUGCUCACGCUGAAAUUGUUCCAAUGUACAUGUGGCCUAGUUACGGUUGUGAUUGUAUUCUCCGGCUUUCAGGUCGUUGUCACAUCGGGUGGGCCUACGUGCUCACCUGUUCCGGUGGCCUGCUUAGCCUGCUUACCACGGCUCUGCCUCUCCUCUUCCCCGGCCACAUCAAGCUGCGCCAGGGCCUGAUGCGCAGCGGCGCCCCGGCGGCCGGCAACCUCGACGCCGUCUCCUCUUCGUGCUCCCUCGUGCCCAGCGCCGGCCGCCUCUUCGUCCGGCUGCCGCAGCCCCGCGACCCUGCUCUGGCCGGGCGGCCCGGGAAGCACGGCUCAGGGCGUGCUCACGCCUGCGCCUGCGUCUGGGACUGGUGCUGCGGCUGGCCCGGCUCCGGCUCCGGCUCCGGUUGCGGCCUCGGGUCGGGCCGCGAGGAGGUCGACGGCCAGGCCAGCCUGCGGCUGAUCUCCGCGCCGGGCCGCGCUUCUGCCGCGGCCGGCCUGCGCAGGUUGGGCGGCGCCGGCUCGGGCCCCGCGACCGGGGACCACUUGUCCGACGACCGCGCCUCCUUCCUCGGGCCCAGCCCGACCGGCUCCUCCUCCAGCCCCUCGAUGGCCGCGGCCGCAUUCGCUGGCCUCCACCCUCCGCAGCCGCAGUCGCAUCCCGGCAGCCAGCAGCAACAGCCCGCCCACCACCACUCCAGCCUCAGUCUGGUGCUGCCCGGCGCCGUGGGUCUGUCUCGCCUCUUCGUCGGAGCUCCCGGCCCCGCGGAGACACCCGGCUCUGCUGCGCCGCUGCCCGUCGCUGGCGGCGCCAACGGACCGGGUUCCGUCGUCCUGCGGGCCAGGCCGUUAGCUGCGUUUCCCGGCCACGAGCCGACCGCAGUUGCGGGACCGAGUCCGGCCGCGCCGCGGACCGCGGUCCUGCCGCACCACGCGGCCUCGGCCCUGUCUCGGCGUUCAGUCGUCUCGCUGCACCAAUGGCCGUUGCACAGUCCCCUGCCGCUGCAUCAUGCCCUGCAGCUUCAGCAUCUCGCCGACCUGAAGCAGGUGAGCACACUCGCGAGGCAUUUGGGCUCCGCAUUUUGGGAGGAUUGCAACUCGUCAUGA